GGUGUGUGUGUAUGUGUGUGUGUACACCGAAGAGAUUCGGUGUGAAGUAGUGUGACACAGCGAGGCGCGUGAUUUUGAUGAAACGUUUGUGGAAACGCUUGAAGCAGUCGAAGAAGGCGAAAAAGCAAUCGAGCGACGAUCUAAGGCGCGAAGCGAGCGAGAACGUCGAUGGUCCGUCGUCACUGAAAUCUCUCGCUUUGCGUCGCGUCUUACCGACACUAGACAACAAUGGCUCGAACGGCUUGUCGCCUCUUCACGUUUUGUGCGCGAGAGGUCGCGCUGACUGCUUGCAUUCGCUGCUGAAGCGGCGCAAGAACGCAAACUUGAAUGUGCCGGCAAGCCGCAGUGUGGUGAUCAAGAGAGAAGCGGCUGACGGCGACGAGUGGUUUAUUAGCUGGUGGUCGUUGGGGGAGCGAGAUGUCGGCGUGACGCCUCUCCAUCUCGCCGUGAUCGCUCGCAGUUUCGAGUGUGUGCGUCUGUUGUUGUGGCAUGGCGCCAAGGCGCAUGUGGUAGCCGGAAGUUACCAGGAAACGCCUCUGCAUUAUGCUUGUCUGUUGGGAGAUGUCGAGAUUGCUCGUAUGCUGUUGGAUCACGGAGCAAAGGUUAAUAACUGUCCGCAAGACGGCGAGGCGCCGAUUCAUUUCGCUCUCGCUCAUGAUCAUAGGGAUUGUGUUCAUUUGCUGCUUGAACGAGGAGCCGAUCCGAAUAUUCGUGCUCACUUUGGGGUUACUGCUCUUCAUCAUCGAUACCCGGGUAGGUGUGGAUGCUUUGCGUACGGUCUGGCUGGCGAUCGGAGAGGAGACGCUCCAUUGCAUUAUGCUGGGUUUCGAGGGGAAGGAGAAAUGGUUGAGCUGCUGCUGAGGAAUGGUGCAAAUGCCAAGCAGUUGGGAGGACGAAAACGUACGACGGUGCAUAGAGCGGCUGCCGGUGGCUCAAUGGCAGCUCUCUCAUUAUUAGUCGAGAGUAAUGCUCCGGUUAGUCUAUUCGACGAGGUCGGUCGUAGUCCUUUACAUUGUGCUCUAGAGGGAGGUCAUUACAAUUGUGCAAAGUAUCUCUUAGAGCACGGUGCCGAUCCGAAUGCGGUGAUGCUUAAGUCAACACGAUACGCUAGCCGCUCACCGCCACUCAUGUCUGCGCUUGGCAGUCGAAGAUCGACAGUCGAAUGUGUCGGGUUGUUGCUAUCAAAAGGUGCCAAUGUAAAUUUCCGACCCGUCAACGACUGUGGCAACCAUUCUCCUCUUCAUUUGGCUGUGAAAGUUCACGGUCCUGAUAUAUUACGACUCCUACUUGCGUCCGGUGCCGACGCGUCCUUCGUGUACGAAGACGGCAAAACCAUUUUGAUGGAAGCCUGCGAAUCUGUUUACUUUCAUAGCCCACAGAUCACAGCAGAGAAUAUCCGUCUGUUGGUGUAUAUGAAGGGAAUGGAUUUAGAUCAUCGUGAGAGCCGCAAGGGACGAACAGCAUUACACAUCUGUGCAAUGAACGGGUUGGUAGAUGCCGCUCGUGUGCUGCUAGAUGCCGGUGCUAAUCCAGGGAUCAUAAACCAAGAAGGACUAACACCGUACCAAGAAUGCAGGAACGACAAAACGAGAGCCAUUUUUCAAGAGUAUGCAGGAAAAGUCCGUUCGUUAGAGUUGCAGUGUCGAGUCUUCUUGCUUCGAAAUUUCACGGCUUGCAAGUUGGCAAAUGCUCCUCUACCGACCAGAAUGAAGAGCUCACUGCUGGCCAACUUGGCAGCAUAGACAUCAACCUGAAGAUAAUCAUUUACUAAAUUGAAACAGACUGAUUGAUAGAAUAAAAAGGAGGUUGUUAGUUUUGUGUGCAAUGUUCAUGCUGUUUGUGACUCAAAACCGAGUGAUUGGCAGCUAGUGUGUGUAGACAGGUUGUACAUACAGUGAAUGGUGAAUGAAGGAAUUUGUUAUUUGUUA